CCCUCCCUUGCACUCACUUUGGUCACAAAUUCAUAGCAGUUGCACGUCCAGUGGAUUAACUGAGUUAAACAUGCUGAAGAGAAAACCAUCUAAUGCCUCUGAGAAGGAGAAAAGCCAAAAGCCAAAGCGCACGAGCAGCUUUGGGAGCUUUGACCGUUUCAGGCAUCACUCGAUAUCAAAGACAGAUGAUUCAGCUGAGAUAUCUGAACUGGAGACUAUAAGUGACAUUGGGGAAGCAGUACAAAUCAAAGCAGCAAACAAUGGAGGGAGCCUGAGUAAGAAGAUGAGAGCCAUUUCACUUACCAUGAAGAAAAAGAUGGGUAAAAAAUACAUCAAGGCACUCUCUGAGGAGAUGAAUGAAGAGGGAAAAGAAGACAGUGAUCCUGGUGGUGGAGCACACACUGAGAAGGUCUCCCUAAAAACCAGUGACUCUUUGGAAAGUCUCUACAGUCUGAACAGUGGCCAGAGCUCAUCUAGUGGGGUGACCAGCUGCUCGGAUGGCACCAGCAACAGGGACAGCCUCCGCCUGGACGAUGAGGUGCCCUACAACGGCCCCUUCUGCGGCCGCGCCAAAGUGCACACCGACUUCACACCCAGCCCUUAUGACACUGACUCGCUCAAAAUCAAGAAAGGAGACAUCAUAGAUAUCAUCUGCAAAACUCCCAUGGGCAUAUGGACAGGCAUGCUGAACAACAAAGUAGGAAAUUUCAAGUUCAUUUAUGUGGAUAUUAUCUUGGAAGAAGAAGCUGCACCCAGAAAGAUAACCCCACACAGAGGAAGCAAAAGGACCAAGCCUAAAACAUUGCAAGAGCUCCUGGAAUGUGUCCACCUGCAGGAAUAUGCCUCAACCCUCCUGCUGAAUGGCUAUGAAACUCCAGACGACUUAAAGGAUCUACAUGAAAGCCACCUUAUUGAAUUAAAUAUUUCUAACCCAGAAGACAGGGCAAGAUUGUUAUCAGCAAUUGAAAAUCUCCAGGACUGUGACAUUGAAGAACAGCAGAAAAGCGAGGAUGGUCAGGAGACGCAGAACUUGAGCCCUCACCAGAGUUUUGACAAAUCACAGUUAAAUGACUGUCCAAGAGAUUCUGGCUGUUACAUCUCAUCAGAAAAUUCAGAUAAUGGUAAAGAAGAAGCAGACCCAGAAGCCCUGUCUGACAUGGUGCAGUCAAUAACAAUCAGUGAGUCAAACUGAUUCGGUCCUGCUGCUUUUCUGCAGAUUUUCAGAAAAGACAAUCACAU